GUUACUUAGGUAAGUAUAUUGUUUCUCGCAGUGUGAGUUUGUUCACGGUCUGUGUAAGAAGCUACUAAGAUGCCGGUGCCUGACAGAAAGGGUCUGAAUAUCGUCAGCUUGGACGUGAAAGAUGUGCGGUUCCCCACCUCUCUUGGAGGCCAUGGCUCUGAUGCUUUGCACACAGACCCGAACUAUUCCUGCGCAUACGUCACCAUCACCACGGAAAGCGGUCGCCAGGGCUUCGGCCUCACCUUCACGUGCGGGCGAGGCACCGAGGUCAUCGUCUUCUGCAUCAGGACCAUGAAGAGAUUCGUGUUGAAUAAGAAUGCGGCGGACAUCUUUGCGGAUUUCGGUACUUUCUGGCGUACGCUUACUAAUGACUCGCAGAUGAGAUGGAUUGGUCCUGAAAAAGGUGUUGCUCACUUGGCGGUGGCGGCCAUAUUGAAUGCGCUGUGGGACCUGUGGGCGCGGCUGGAGAACAAGCCUCUGUGGCGACUACUCGUGGACUUAGAGCCGGAGGAGCUGGUGUCCACGAUAGAUUUCCGUUACAUAACCGACGUGGUCACUAAGGAAGAGGCGAUUCAGAUGCUCAAGUCUAAGCGGGCCGGUGUGCAGGAGAGAAUCAAGAUAUUGGAGGAAAAGGGAUAUCCCGCCUACACCACGCAAGUAGGCUGGCUCGGCUACAGUGACGAGGUACUCGCGCAGCUUUGCGCCAAGUACCUGGCGCUCGGGUUCACGCACUUCAAGGUCAAGGUCGGGUUGAACCUGCAGGACGACCUCCGCCGCUGCAGCGCUGUGAGGAAGUAUAUCGGGGAUGAUAAGUUCUUGAUGGUAGACGCGAACCAGGCGUGGAGCGUGGACGAGGCCAUCGAGUGGAUGAAGGCGCUGGCGCCGCUCAAGCCGAUGUGGAUCGAGGAGCCCACCUCGCCUGACGACGUGCUGGGACACGCCACCAUCUCCAAGGCUUUGAAGCCAUACGGCAUCGGGGUGGCCACGGGCGAGAUGUGCGCGAACCGCGUGAUGUUCAAGCAGUUCUUGCAGAGCGGCGGCGUGCAGUACUGCCAGAUAGACUCCGCCCGUAUCGGAGGGGUUAAUGAAAUACUGGCGGUUUAUCUCAUGGCGUGGAAGCUUAAUGUAAGCGUGUGCCCGCACGCGGGCGGCGUCGGUCUCUGCGAGAUGGUACAACACCUGCAGAUGUGGGACUUCGCGAGCCUGUCCGGUACCAUGGGGGGGCGCCUCGUGGAGUACGUGGACCAACAGCACGAGCACUUCGUGGACCCGUGCGUGGUGGAGAACGCGCGGUAUAUGGCGCCCAAGAUGCCCGGCUACAGCACAGAGUUCAUUCCGGGCACGCUAGAGAAGUUCGCCUACCCGCGCGGGAGCGAGUGGCAGCGCAUGUUCAAGGAAGGCAUCUUCCCGCUACCUGAUGAAGCUGAACUGGUCAACCCUUGAUGUCACAUGGACAUGUUGGUCUUCCAAAGAUAAGGCUAAAAUUAUGAACGAAUAGUU